AUGUCGUCGUUGUUGGAUCGUUUUUAGGGUUCAUCGCGUUUGGACGAAACGCAUACCGGGUUCAAGUCCAGUUUUCUCACCUCUUUUCCUUUUGUGUUCCAUUCUUCAGUUGGUGGUGUUUUUUUGUUUUUGUUAGUUUUCUUCUUUUCUUCUGAAGCCGCGUACAGCAACGGUAGGAAAAUACCUGUAUGUGAAGAAGCAGCAGAUUGAUUCUUCUUCCCCCCCAAAGAUUUGUGUGUAUGUGUUUGUAGUACCCAGUACACCAGUGUGAAGAUCGUUCUGAAGAAAUUCGCGAUCACUACCGGAAUAAGAUGGUGUAAGGUGGUCAUCGGCAUCGUGACAAUUGCUUAGAACAUAAUAACUCUUCACCAUUCGGAAGAGUGGCGUAAAACGAUAAUCCUAUAGUGUCGAUUGUGAAGAGAUUUGAUCGCGUUCGUAAGUUCGAAACCCUCUAUCAAAAACGAACUCUCUUUGUGUCUGUGACGGGACGACUUGGUGCUGAUUGUCCACUUUUCUAGUGAGCCAUUCGCAAGAGGGGGGAAAAGGAAAAGAACAUGAGAACGAAAAUUGCUUGCAAAGUGGACGAAUUUUGCACCGACUGUCAGGCAAGAAGCCGCCGUCGAUCGAUCGCCAGUUGUGCGUAGAAUUGUGCUUGUUUUGGUUCGUGUUCUGUUUUGUGGCGGAUUGAAUGAAUACCGAAAUGCACAAAGGGCCGCCCGGUUGGUAGCGCAUGUGGCGGAGGGAGAAACAACACCCCGCUGAAGCGACCAAAUGUGCAGUGCAGUGGUUUUUUUCCUUGUGAUCAAUUAGCAUCGAUCAAUGGGCAACGAAAAGUGUUUUGAAAAUAUCGAUAACUUGUUUUCUGUGUAUACAGGUCGUACCGCAGGCCGAAAGGUGUGAAGAUUAUUUUUACUAAACAAUUUGUAUCAGUGUCCGAGUGAAUGUUUAUUAAUUGCUUGAACCGGUUGGCGUUUAUUUUUUCUGCUGUUGGAUUACUUAUUGGCUGGUAAACGUACGUGCCAGUGGAAUGCAAGCCCUCUGAGGUGGAGAACUGCUAACGUGUGGAUAAUCGACGAUAUUGUAAUUUAGCAACUGUUGAAUAAUCGACUGGAGGAGGUGAUAACAAGCUUUCCGCGAGUGAGUCCGAUUACGUAGACCUUGCAACAGCAGCAGCAGCAGCAUGUACGACGCGUGUGAUAACGUGGAUGGGUUUUUAUCGUCUGCAAUCUGCUUCGUAUCGUAUUAAUCAAGCAAGUAGCGAACAGCGGUGCCAGUACGAGUAUUCGAUUAUGAUCUUUAUGCAUAAUGAAUCGAGCAGUUUGUUGUCAGUCAUAUGCAAAGUGGAACCCAGAGCUGGAGCCGCCGCAACAACAGUAGCGAAUAAUCGCAAUAAGUGCAUUCGUACAAUUUCCGGCUUUUCAGCUGCUGUUUUCCAUUAGCGGCAGCCAGUUUGGUUUGGUUUACUAGCGGAUACCAAUUAAUGCAAAAGUAUUGUGCGUGUGUGUGUGCCUGGGUAUGUACAUAUCGGAAUAAUUGCGGCCCGAAUCAAUCAGCUUUUUUGGGAACACACGCUUAAAAGCAUUCCGGACGUCAAAGUGCUUAUCGGGGGUAAUUUUCUCCCGAGUGGCCCCAUAAAUCGGUUCGGCGAAUAAAGCAGACGAGACCAGCUGAUACUGCCGCUGCUGCUCUGCUGGUGUCGGGAAAUAAAUUCACAGAAAGAUGUAGUGAGUGAGAGAGGGAGAGAGAGAUAACAAAAAGCGUUAGUUCGGAGAAAGUGAAAAUUCGUCCGGCAGUACCAGCUGGAAAAGUGGCGCACCGCGGUAAUUAAACAUUAUUAACUUAUAAAGUGAAUCAAAUUAUUAUCAUCAAACAAGAGAGUGCAAAACAAUUGUGUCCGUGUUUACCGAGAGCGCACGAAUGAAGAAGAAAAAGUAACUAAUUCAGGAAAAGUGUUACCCUUGAUUCCUGCCCACGCUAGCCCCUGCGAAGUGGCCGUAACGUAACAAGAGACCCCUCUCAGACAAUAACAUGGAAAUUGAUCUGUUAUUGUUAACUAAUGUCCAUGCGUGCAAAUGCGCUAAAAGCAUCUUCAUCAGCAGAAACAACAAUAGUUACAGCAACAUUCCAAGCGAAGGCGUCGACACCUAGAGUCUGUAAAACUUACACAAGUCUUUCGGAUCCGACAAUAACCUUCGCUCCGCCGACCGAAGGGGCAAACCAGAUCAGUCUUUCACCCUUAUGCAUAAUCAUAACCGUGGCUGCUUCGGCGGCAAGAUUUGAUUUAAUUAUCCAUCCUCGCUCCCUCCCGAACGAAGUUUUUUAAAACAAUAGCGUUUACUCCCUCGGUGGUAGCAGCAGGUGCUGCUAGUAGCUGAUCUUUUUAGUCCCACGACAACUAGGUGUGGGAGGAACAAUUAUCACCGCCGCACGGAACCGUGUCGCGUGUCUUGUCGAAGUUUUCAUUGAAGGCAACUCUCACCGUGGUGAUCUGGUUGUAAUCGCUCUUUCUCUCCGUAACGUUGUUGCUUGGGAGGGUUCUUCAGCGUACAACGUCAAGUGAGGGAAAAAAGGUCAACCCCACAGAGUUAGAGGCGCGCCGCGCGCCCGAAUGUGGAUGUAAAAAUGCUCCCCUUUGUGCAAUCAAGUCGAGAGUUUGCCCGCUGAAUAGCGUGAUCUUGUUCAAGUUAUCGGUCGGAAGUUGAGAAGAGCUCUCUUUGUCGAUCUUCACUUGAAUCAGAAGAAAAAGUUUGCGAAUGUGUACAGUGCUCGAGGAGAAGAAGUGUUCAGUGUGUAGUUUUGCGUACGUGAAGAUAUCCUCCUAACAAUGGAUCGGUUUACUGUGAACAAAGGACCGGCCAGCAACGUCGGCGGCGGCGGAACGACCUCCGAACGAGCUUCGGCUGGCAACGGUGCCCCCAACGCGGUGAGUCACAACAGCAACGACAACGGCGCUGGUGGAAACGUCAACGGUGGUAAUCCUAGCGCUCCCACCGGCAGCACCGGUGGAGGAAAGAUUCGCUCCAGCAUCACACCAACCAUUUCCGGACCGGCACCCGGCUAUCGGAAAUCGUUUCACCGAUCCGGGCCGGGAAGUGCCAGCGCUACUUCGGAUUAUAGUAUGUCUACUGUGGCGGAGUCGGUUCAGGAUGAGCAGCUGGGCACCAUCAGUCCGUCUCCUAGCACAGGUGGCAGCACAUUACAUCAACACACGAACGGUAGCCUCGGGCUGCAACCUGCGGGACCUCCUGGUGGUGGUGGUGUUGGCGGUGGCCAUAACAUACCGGGUCUGCCCGGAAUGGGCCUGCAAAACAACAGCAACCUGACCCAGGCUGGCCUGGAAGAGUACAGCCGAUCGUACUACGAGCAAACCAUGUACCACCAUCAGAAACAAUCUUCGUACGCCCAGUCGGAGGGAUAUCACAGCUACGUGUCUAGUUCGGAUUCCAGCUCGACGCCGUUUCUCGAUCGAUUACGCCAAGACAGUGACCUCUUGCUCUCCCGAUCGGCCCACAACUGGUCCCAGCAGGAUCUUCAGCAUCUGUCGUCGUCUAACAAUAGUAUUGCGGACAACAAUAGUUCCGAGAGCACUUCAUCGACGGAAACGCUCAAGUGGCUCGGAUCGAUGAGCGAUGUUUCGGAGGCCAGCCAUGCCACCAGUAUGUCCGCGUUGUCCAGUGCCGGUUCCACUUCUCAGCUGAUUGCGCACAGUUCGCGGGUUCGAACACCACAACGCCACAACUCCGAAAGCAUCCUGUUCAUGACAACCGACGAGCAACAGCAGCAGCAGCAACAGCAUCAGCUCCAUCAGAAACACCAGCAGCUUAUGGGUCAUCAGUCAUCGCUGGCCCUUGGAGUGAACUCGAUCGGAAGCUUGGUGUCCCAGUCGAUGGGAUCACUACACCUUCAUUCGCACCACCAGCAUCAGCUACAACAAUCGUCACUCGGUGGUCAUCAUAGUGUCCAAACCUCCCCAAACGGUGGGCAAACGCAAUCACAACAUCAACACCAGCAGCAGCAGCAGCAACAGCAGCUUAACAGUCCAUCCAGCAGUUCAUCUGGUGGAUCGCCGAUUGGGGAGGGAGAUCUUCGCUUUCAACACCGAACCUCGUCCAGCGCGUCGCUAGCGUCGUCCGCUUCGGCUCCGGCAGCGGUGGCGACUGGCAGUGGAAACUCAGCUGCUAGCAACGGUUCGAUCCGAUCUAGUCGUAGCAAUAAUCGGCUGUUUCCUAUCAGCACCUACACCGAGAUUCCUAACACUAGCAGUAGUAGUUGUAGCAAUAGCAAUAGUAGCCCUAGUGGACACAACGCAUUCGGCGGCUGUUUGACACCGGCCGGAAUCCCGCUAGUUGAUGGAUCUAAACAACUCAGCCCGCAUAAUUGGCAAUCUGUAGCUGAUCGUAUUAACGAAUUGGAAAAACACCAACAGCAGGGGAUUUCCCUACUGAACAGUAGCAAUAGCAGUCUCCAUUCCUCUUCCUCCUCGAUUGGUGUCAAAAAUCUAAGUCAUACAGCAACUAAACAGCAGCAGCAGCAGCAGCAGCAGCAACUUCAACAACAACAGCAAAAGUAUACGUAUUUCGAUCCAUCUAAAACGCAUCGAGUUUCGAACCCUUCGCUAAAAGCGUUCCAGAAAAACGCUGUGAUAUCCUACUUCGAACGGCAGCAAGCACACGCCCGCGAAAGUAGCCACAAUCUGACCCGACCGACGACGUUAAACCUUCAGCAACAGCAGCAGCAGCAGUAUCAGUCGGGAUCACCGCCAUCCCACAAGUCGGUUUCGCAACGUUCCUCCAUUUCCAGUGCUUAUUCGUCGUCGGGAAGCACCAUGGAUCUGGCGCCGUCCUCGCACUCCUCGCUCGUUGGCAACUAUCACCACCAUCCAAGUUUGCUGCACUCGCCCGCCAGUAUAGCGGCCCAGCAGCAGUUGGACAAAAUCGCCGCCAACAAUCUGCGCAAUCAGCUGGCUUCCGUCCACACGAUGAACUUGCUCAACAAGGUGCAAUCACCCCAGACGGCUCAGCUGAUCGAGUCGCAGAUUAUUAGCAACGCUACCCUGAUCCUCACCGCCAACGGCACCAACGGAACGGAACGAAUCGAUGGGACAUCCAGCAGUGGUCCGCAAUCGCCGGAAGAUCCACCACAGCUCAAUGCUAAUGUGUCUCCCCCGCCACCGCCACCACGAUCCCGAUCGAAUGGAGUGCCGGUCAUCAAUAGUGCCGCCGGCAGUAUGGCAACAGCCAGUUCCACGCAUGCCGCUCAUCUGGCGACGGUUCGAAGAACCUCCUCCGCAUCAGAAUACUCGUCAAUUCGUGAUAAAAUGAUCCAGCAACGGCAGCAACUGUCGAAGGAUUUGCUUGGCCCAAUGAUAAUGGGUCCGAUUAUCGCCCUCGAUGACUGGGUUCCCGAGCGGCCUCCGAAAAACCCGAUGCUUCGCAUACCGAGCCCCGAACUGCCUCCUCCACCGCCGGUAAUCAGUCCAACCGAGGACGUAAUUCUACUGAAUCAAGACGAACCACUUCCACCCCCGCCACCGGAAAUCUUGCGGCACAUUCGACAACUCAGUGAUUCAUCGGAAACCCGGUCAAACUCCGCCAGUCGACGGAACAGUUUCGCCGGUCAAUCCAAUAAAAAACCACUCUACCGGGCGUCAACCUUGGAAAAUCUCUCCCCACCCCCACCAUCAGGAGCACAGCAACAGGUGCAGAUCAGUCAACUGAUCAUUCCACCCGCGGUCCCCAAAAAGCCCCAAUCGGUGGAGCAGCACGUCAUAUACCGGCGACCAUCCUCCAGCAUGUCCAAAUCACACCACAUGCAGCACGGUGGAGGUGGUGGCGUCGCUAAUGUCGCUAAUGGAACGAACGCCAUCCAUCAAGCGCAUCGCAUCAUGGUAAAUGGAAAAUCCGACCAGAGGCACUCGCUUCCGAUGCCGUUGCAUUCGCCAUCGCCACAACAACCGCAACCGCAGCAGCUGCAGCAGUUCGUUCCCCGCCAAAACGAUACUCGAGUCUCGAUGCGGAAGCGAUCGCACAAUUCCCACCAAAUUCCGGUGGCCGAAUAUCUGCUGAAAGCCGCUCAGCUUCAAAACGGCACCACCCAAUCUGUCCCAACCGCCAACAGUAGCAUCAACACCGUCGGAUUAGCGGCGAAUGGCGUACUGACCGCGCCACCACCCCCUCUGAAGCCAAGAAUGUCGAACGUUCAAAGCCAGCAGCUGGCGCCACCACAUGGCCACGAGGGCUUCAACGGAGGACAGCUGAUCUCCAUGGGAAGUAAAAGCACUGGCCGCGACUAUCAGGUCAACAGUGAUUACAACAACAACAGUCUUCCCGAUCCACCACCAAAAUCGUCUCGUUCGGCGUCACCUCAACGGCAUCGCUAUGGAAACGUUCUCGGCUACAACGACAACGGCAGCAGCGAUGACGAAGACGGAGACGGUUUGGCAAGGUUCCUCGACUGCCGGGGACACUCGGCGGCUCAUUCCGGCGACUCUCGGUACAACCGCGGCUGGAGCAACUCCAAGGCUUCGUAUCUGCCUCGCCAACCCCGGGACAAACUCCACUCGGAUCCCGAUCAUGGCAGCUACAAACUCACGUUGACCUCCAACGAGGACAGCAUCAACCACAACGACGUCUUCUCGGAGGAAAUUAUCACCUCUUCCAAGUGUAACCUGCCGGAUGUCUUACCGCCUGGGGUCAAGUAUUCACUAUAUUCCAACAACAAUAACAACACCACCAACAACAACAUCAGCAGCAGUGCCACUAAUGGAAAAAUGAUCGGCAAGCCGCCGAAGACAAUUUCGCACAGUGCGCCAAUAAUUUCCACCAACAGUCUGAAAUCGAUGUUUAAUUUCACGCCACAGCAGCCACAGCAAAAUCAGGUCACGCCUCCCAGCGCUUCCUCGCCGGUAACGCCUCCUCCUCCGUACAGCGCCGCCACCAAGCAACAGUCUCCCCUGCAGCCCGGAAGCCCCACUAAUCAGGCAAUCAGCCCCAAAUACACGUCCCAGUCUACGUUCGAUCUAAAAAAGACGCAAAUUCUCGACACGAAAUAUCUGACUCAAAGCCCGGCCCAGAUCGGACUGCCACCAAUACCAAAUCAGCAGCAGCAGCCGAAUGCGAAUGAGCAGAUCAAUAAUACCAAUUAUCUCAAUCACCAGCACAGCACCAACAAUAGCUGCAGCCAACAAACUGUAAAUAAUUAUAAUGAAAUUUCAGAAAAAUCCGAUAGCUUCGAGUCGAACAUUAGCACCAGCACAUGCACCGUUGAGCCGCCGCCAGUGGUGGAAGCAAACCACAACAAUAACAACACUAACACCAAGACCAGCGCCAUUCAGUCUUCUUCGACACACGAUGGUUUUUCGGCCAAAGAGGAAGAAGCCACGAUCAGUAGUAGCAACAACUCAACCUGUGCGGAAGCAAACCCAUCGGACGUACCAAGCACGUGCGAAGAAUCGCAACCUUCUACUGCACCGAUCGCGCUGGAACGUGUCACCAAAGAGAUCAACCUGGAACCGGUGCACACGAGCGAUCCGUGCACACCCGCGAAAAUAGUUCAACGCACAGAAAUCGUACUUCGAGUAGCGGCACCCACAACGGAGGCAUCCUCGCAAACGGAUGACGAUUUGGUGCUGAUCGGUGACCACCACCAGCAGCAGCCACAGCCGCAGCAGCAACACCACGGUAGUCCACGGUCACCCAUCUCCGGAAAUCUGCUUUCGGUCGGUGUUGCCGCACUGGUAAUCGAUCAUCAACCGAACCCCCUCGGAGGUGUCAGCAAACAUUCGGUGUCCACCUCGACCUCAUCGUCACCACCCACCACUCCAACUAACGGGAAAGCCUCCGGGAGCUUUUUCGCCAAGGCUGCCCCCCGCAAGGUGCACCCGGAGGAAAUCGACUGUGAUAAGCUGUCGCACGAUCUAAUUAGUCAACUGUCGCCCUCGGACAAGCUACACACCAUACUGGCUCCCAAGACGUUCAAAUCAUCCUCCGACUAUGUUUCUGAUCUGUACAACAUCCAAAUAGCGCCCCGCCCGAUGAAGAAGGAUGUCUCAACGACGACACCGGAAGCGAGCCCGCAGAAAAGCCCGCUGGACAUUCUCACCACCAAUUCCACCUACUUUCAAGUAUCGGAACCUAAGGCGAAGCUGAUGACGCGCUACAGCCGCGAGAUGACGCUGAUUAAUGGCGACUGCUGUGAUCUUACCAAGAAAAAGGAGGAACUGGUUCAGCGGCUCGGCAAAAAGUUACUAGUCCUGUCGAACGAACAAACGAGCAUUGCGGAGGAAAGCAACGCCAACGAUAUGCUCGGCAACGACGUCGCCCUCAAGGUGGCCCAGAAGGUUCGACCGACCGAUGCGUCCAAGUUCCGUUCCUACGUCGACGAUGUCGGCUACAUCACGAUGCUGCUGCUCUCGCUGUCCGGCCGGUUGGCCCGAACGGAUAACGCCCUGCACAACAUAGACGAUUCUCAUCCCGACAAGAAGAUCCUCGAAGCCAAACGGGAUCGGCUGCUGGAGCAGUUGGACGAAGCCAAGCAGCUAAAAGACGACAUCGAUCGGCGUGGUGCAAUCAUCUCCAAAAUACUGGAGAAAACCCUCACCAUCGAGGAGUAUGCGGACUACGAUUAUUUCAUCAACAUGAAAGCGAAACUGAUCGUAGAUUCCCGGGAGAUAGCGGACAAAAUAAAGCUUGGUGAGGAGCAGUUGGCCGCCCUCAAGGAUACUCUGGUACAGAGCGAAUGCUGACGGACCAAGUGAGCCGCAUCUUCUGCUGCCUAUUUCUGUACAUAAUCCUCCCACUAGUGGUGCCUACAGAUUUACGUGUUUUAUGUCUUUAUUCUAUGUAAGCAAACUAGUAUUAGCAUCUAAAAUGGUUAACUCUUCGAACCUUCACUGCGAGAAGAGGUAAAAUAUUAUUCGAUCGGCUGUUGAGUAGGAACUAAAAGUAAAAUACUUCUGGAUGUAAAGCGAUAACCCAGGAGAGCUCGCCUUUACCGUGUUAGACUCUCAAAUGAUGUACAUUCUGUAGAUACUAGCUAGUAAGCCUUGUGCGAAAAUUUAUUCGGCAAUCAAACUACGAAAAAAAACAGACAAUCAAAGAAACACUCACCAUUUAGGCCAAAAAGAAAAUAACAAAACAAAAAUUUAACUGGACGCGACUUGGAUGCGUCGUCAGGCGGCGAACGCUGCCACCUUGAAACGGCAUUUGAAUUCGAUAGCUGUUAAGUGAAUAGUAACCCUGCCGCUGAAUUUUUUAGCUGUUUGAUAAGGCAAAAAGUUCUUGCAUUUCAAUGUAUGAUGUUGAAAUUCAAAGAGUUUUUAAGUGCACUCUGUUUCGCGUUUCGUUUUCCCUUUUUUCUCCCGUUUGUUUGCACCCGCGUUUUUAUUUCUCUCCUCGGUAUUUUUUUCUCCUAUCUCGGUGGAUGGCUCUACUAAUCUACACCCUCCGUCGUUUUUUUGUUCUUCGAUGUGUGCCGUGCCUUAUUUAGUAGUACUGAACGUCGUUCGUCACUUUAACCAAAUGAGCGAAGUUUGGUUCAAAUGUGAACUGCUCUGAUGUGGAUAAACUUUCACACUGCGGUUGAGAAGAACAGUUCACUGCUGUUAGACUAUUUCCACAUCCUAGAUAAUAUGUUGUCGAUCAAGUUAUUAAUCCAGCAGCAAUAAAUGAGUAUUUUUUUUAAGACUGUGUUUCGAUCCUGGUGCUAAGCGAAACACACACAUUAGCACUGUUCACUCUUAUUCGCGUUUCGAUUUUAGUUGAUUCAGAAAAGUGAACACAGCGUCGCAAUGAGUUUCUAAGUAAUAGUUGAAACAUUAUUCUACUGUUUAUUUGUGUACACUUUCCUUAUUAGCUAUCUAGUUAGAUCAUCAUAAUGCGAAUCGUCAGUAAGCAAGUACAUAUCUAGAUCUAGUAGUUAAGCUGUAGGAAAAUCGUGGAAAAAAUUUAAAAAAUUUAAUGUGAUGUUACUUACAAGAUAAACUAUAUUAUUUACGACUUUUUAUGUGUAUUCUCCUAGAGCGUAGAGUCUAUUAUCAAAGUAUAAACCGACACUCUGUCCGAACCUGUCUUUUAUAUGUGUGCAAAUUAACUAAACGUAGUUUCUCAAUUGAAUUGUGUCAAAACAAGUGUUUCCCUUCACUUGAUACUUAACAGUCUUCGCUGUGUCAAGAAAUAAUAAAAAUAUAUUUGCUUGAAAGUUAAAAGAAAA